UUUUAAGGAGAAAUUCAAGUCCGUCAACGACGCCCGCGACAAAGUCGUUGCACGGUAACCUGAAUUUACAAUUUUUCUAUUUGGUUGUGUAUCCGCGCGGACAGAUUGUUACGGUAUGGCUGAUAUGGGCCUAAGUUUAGAUGACAUAAUUAAAAAGUCGAAGUCAUCAGGAAUGCGAGGCAGAGGAGGGAUACGCAGGGGUGUCGGUAGAGGCGCACGGGCGAAUGGCUUUAUAAGAGGACGUGGUUCGUCGCAUGUAGUUACGGAUGCACGGUUCAAGAUAAUACAGAAGAACCGUGAGAAGUUGACAGAUGCCAGGGACAAACUGGCAGAGAUAGCGAAGCAGAGUGACGCCAGACUCAAGUUAGACAAGAUUCGUGCAUCUCAAUAUAAGAAGAUAGAUGCACAGCUCUCAGGGAUAUCACGCAAGACUGGUAGAAAUGGCAGACUUUCGCUGUCAACUAAUAAAGCUCCGCCUAUGAUGCCACAUGUAUUACCACCGAGUGUACCGAACAAUUAUAUACCACAGGUAGUGGUGGGCUAUAGACCACCUCCUAUGUCUGAUUCACAUUACUUGGGAGAUAUGAACAUGGAUUAUAACGAUGGUAAACCACAAAGAGAUUAUCUAAUGGAGUCCUCUUCACUGAGGAGAACUGUCAGUAACGAGUACGCUCCGACACCGCCGCCUCCACCUCCUGUGUUCAAUAUUAAGCCGAGUUCUCCUUAUACCUGGGUGAAGCCUACAAGCAGUAACGCAACUAGAAUCUCGUCUCGGAAAUCUGAGAUGGAGAGAGAGCGAGAAAGGCAACGAGAUUACAAAAUGAUGGCCACAAUGAGGAAAACUGCUUCCCCUCCAUACAAGGAAGACUGGAGUUUUGGUACAAAAUCGAGAACGAUCCUAGCAGAAGAAACAACGGAUUCCAAGUAUUAUGAUUCCAGAAGUCUUCGAGAAGUAGGGAUUAAAUCGCGUUUGGACUCGUCUCCCAAUAAGCCCAGAACCAUGGGAGUCUUGUCUCGACCAAAAGCGAGCUCCAGCUCGUCGACGCAAUCGACAGGAUAUCGAAUCGUGGUGUCCAACUUGCAAGCGAACGUUACGCAAGAGGAUAUCAAGGAGUUAUUCGAAGACGUGGGAGAACUGCUCGUGUCGAGAUUGGUGCGUCCUGGCACGGCGGAAGUAAUCUACAAGACUCUGAAGGAUGCGACUAAGGCAGUUGAGACUUAUCACAAUCGACAGUUGGACGGCCAUCCUAUGAAAUGCCUUCUUGUUAAUCCACGACCGAAAAAUAAUCCGACUGGCCCGGCUGUUCGUUCUCUCACGGAAUCGAGGCGCAGCGUCAGCUCGAGUUAUGUACAGCCGAGUUUAGGAGCGGUGCAUCGCGCGCUAUUCGACGACUCUUAAUCAAGUGCAUCUCUCCGGAUAUAAAUCAAUAUUAAAAAAUAAAAUUUAUGUAUAUGUAAUGGACCUCUUACACGCGAAUACAUACAUACACACAUAUCCACACACUCACACGCAUACAUAUACACAGGUAUAAGUUUAAUUGCUUCAAAGUUUAGAAGCGGAGAAUAUAGGCGAGACACGAAGCGACAGGGAACACGGCUGUUUGCGCUUUUUCGUGCGUGCGCUUAUGCGCCUUCGAAUCCAAAUCUGAAUUGCAAUUAUAUUAAUAAACUUGUACCAUUUAUUAUCACUGUAUAAUGAAAGGCAGAUCUACACGAUCGGCCAACGCUGGAACGCUCGCGUGUUAGAUUUUUAUGAUCUUCCUAGGAAAGAUCUUCUUUACAAUUUUGUGUACUCCUUGAUUGUUCUUUCGUUAUCUCAGACACAUGUAACGUUUACGUUCUUAUCCACAAUACAUUGUAUACAUUUUUAUCGACUAUAUAUAUACGCACUUACUGAACUGUCUGUCGCAUAGAAUGAUGGGAAAACCGCGGCGCGUUCUAGUGUUGCAAUAUAGGAAAAAACUUAUAUUAGUAAAAUGGUCAAAAAAUUAGAUGAACGACAGGUGCAAGUUGCUUCUUGUAUAUUUAAUAUAACGGAAUAAAACGGUAUUCAUUCA